AUGACUUCUUAUCUCUCCCUAUUGGAGCCUUCUAGACUUUGUGCCAUCUGCGACAUGGCCUUGAAGAGCCACAUACUAUGCGCUAGUCAGCCUCACCAUAAGAGUGGCCUUGACCUGGAAAAAGCUUCCGACCUCGGCUGUUACAUUUGUGGCACAAUCCGACACAGCAAGACCUGGUUCCGAAGAUCCGAAGAGUGCCGCUCAAGCUCUUUCGAGUAUGUUUUGAAUCUGCAUAAUGCAGGCUCCACGGAUACUCUAGAAGGGCUGAUUAUUGGGAAGGCUCCAACUGGCUGUUGCUGGGCAUUUCAGCUUUGGAAAGACCCCGACCCUAUUUCUUUUGCCAUUUCCUACAAGCCUUGUGCCUCGCCCCAAGAUUCAGACUUCAUCCGACUUGCCAAGAACUGGCUUGACUUUGUUGCGAAACUCAUGUUAAGUGCCGAAGAAGCAGCCCAGAUUACAGGCCAACAAGACUAA